AUGACGGUGAUGCGCGCUCCUCGACGAAGUUCACGCGAUGCAGAACGGGGUGUCUGCGAUGUCGGAAGCGGAGGCGGAAAUGUGAGCGACGAACGCAAACCCCGAUGCCAGAACUGCAUUGACAAAAACUUCGACUGCAAUUAUGGGAUGCAGGUAACCUUUCUCCCAAAGAACUCUAUCACUGUAGCAGCGGGCGAGCUCCAACCCCCAGCUGUGGAUAGGAGCGCGAAUUAUAAUAAGAUCCAGUUUGUCAACGAAGAUCCUCUUUCAAUAGACAAUCUUGUCGGGCUCUCGGAAGAAACUCAACUAUCCUCUCCUACGUCGACCAUCUCAACUACGCCCUUACUUCUAUCUCCUCCUCGAAAGAGCAUAAUCCCGGCAGAAGAAAGCCGUCGCAGGCACUCUGCCUCGGUCUCCAUAGCAGAAAGGGAAAGAGAAACCCACCGCGACUCAACCCCCAGGUUUCACGAUACCAACCAGACACAUCGAGAUCCACAGUUGCGCACCGCCCUUGCACCAUGGGAACUCGACAACCGCAACCACCAUCAUAUCUCAAGCCCAAAUGCAAACCCACCCGGUCCCCUUGAACCCCCAGUCCGACCAAACACUUUCAGCGCAAAUGACGAAUUCGCCGUGCGCGGACUCCUCGCCCUAGGAACCCAAUCUGGACCAGGGCCUGAUAAUGACUCAAUACCGGGCCCAGUAACCACUAUCCCAGACCCCUCCGAAAAGGCUGGAAUGGGCACUACAGCAGCAGACACGCCAAGCAGGACAAUAGGCGGAGGAGGAAACGGCAACGGGCCAAACGGUAUCUCACCGAGCUUCAUCGACGGUAUCCUAGGCGUGUCCACCCCAACUGCCAUGCACAGCUCCGUGCUGAAUUUCGACAUUGGGAACGGGACUCCAAAUCCAAACCUACAUCCAAAUCUAUAUUCGAAUACUAAUCCAGAUCCGGAGGGCUCGGAGACAUGGAAGAUGAAGCUUCUCCAGCACUAUCGGUAUCAUGUUGCGCCGUGGCUGGACAUCCACGACCUGACGCACUCAUUCGGUAUCACGGCUCUCCAGAUCGCCGUGAACUCAUCUUCGGAACGGCUUCUCCCCGCCCUCCUAGGUCUCUCGGAGGCGUGCUUACGGACGCAGCGGGGCCGCGUCUAUUCCCACGCGUACGGGCCCCAGGCGGUUCAUUUCGACGAUACAGCAACAUAUUCUGAACCUCCGUCAACGAACCCAGAUGUAGACGUGCAUGACGAUUCUACGGAAUCUGUGCUGCUGCGAGUAUUUGAGGAGCUGAGGGGCCUUGUUUCGGAUGUUACAAAGGAUUGGGCGAGGGGUAGGGAUGGAUAUGACUAUGGGUACCCUGAAUACAGACCAUUGCAGUCAAUAGUUCAUAGAGCGUAUGGGAUGGACAUGGAUGCGGCAGUGUAUUGGGUGUUUUUGCGGAUGGACAUUGGCAAAUCUCUAGCAAAUAAUACGCCCCUCCGCGUGCCGCUUCCCUCACUUCCAAUCUCGAGUCUCGCGCUCCUCUGUCGCACAGAAAGCACCCCAGAGCGAGUGGGACAUUAUGCGCAGGUCCUCCUCUGGCUCUGCGGCAAAGCGCUACUAACAUAUCAUCAAGACUCUAACACACACCAGGCACCCGGAACAGAUAGCUGGCUACAAAUAUUCGAAGAGCUGAACCAAUGGAACUACCUCCGUCCGCAGGAAUUCCAACCAAUGGUGGAAUUGAGUAACGACGGCGGCGCCGAAGACCACGCCCUAGGUCUCAACUCCGGUAGCGAGUUCCCAAUGCUACUAUUCACGAACGGUGCGGGCGCACUAUGCAACCAGCUAUAUCACACCGCGAUGCUGUUCAUGUUAGAGUGCAAACCGCGGACAACGGCGCUCCUGAAUCAGAGUCAUCCGCAAUACUCGCCGGUGUUAUCGCCAAUCUGGCAUGCCCAGCGAGUGUGCGGUAUCGCGCUGAAUAAUGAUAGGCGCGAGUGCUGGGACCCAUGCUUGCUUGCUUCGUUCCUUGUCGCGGCGCGACAUAUGACGCAUGAGUCUCAGCAGGUUGAAAUUGUGCACGGGUUUGACCGCAUCCAGGCGCUUACUGGAUGGAGUGUGGGAGAGUAUCUCACGCAGCUGCGCGAGGAAUGGUCGUAUCUCGAUGGGUGUUGA